AUGCAUGUGUAUGUCUCCAUCUGGACGCUCCUACAGAUGACUUCCCACCUCUGCUUACUCAUCCUGUCCAGCUUGGCAGUCUCAUCCAAACUGGGUCUGGAGGAUGUCUUCUUCAGCCCCCAGGACCAGACAGUCAGAGAAGGAGAGGGAGUUUUCCUCCAGUGUGUGUCCGGGGAAAGUUCACCUCCUGCAAGCAUCACCUGGCUUAAAGACGGGAGACUGAUCACAAGAGGUAGACACAUUCAGGGUGAGUUUGGAGGUGGUAAUCAGAGGAAGACCUCAGGCACUCUACAUCUUAUCAACGUAACAUUAGAGGACGAUGGAACAUACAUCUGUGUCACACACAAUCCUGUACUGAACAUCAGCAAGAAGAGCAAGCCGGCUAAACUAAAUGUGCAGGGGGUCCCUAGAAGGCUGCAGAUCAUCCAGGGCCCUGACAACAUCACUGUUGCUAUGGGAACAGAGGUCUCCAUGCACUGUGCUGUCCGAGGCUUCCCUGUUCCCAUGGUGCACUGGUUCAAAGACGGCUGCCUCCUGUCGAACUGCUCGGCCUCUUUUAACCUCCAGAACAAUGGACAGCUGCUCACAUUCAGGAAUGUGACCAGGGAGGAUGAGGGCUUGUAUCACUGUGAAGCAUCCAACCAGAAAGAGUCCAUCAAGUCACAGACAGCCUUCCUACUUCCAGCCGAGAUGGAGUGGAGUUUCAUCCAGCAGCCUGUAAACCUGACAGUGAAGAGGGGAGAAAAUGUUACAGUGACCUGCAGGCCUCCAUACAGCCAACCAGCAGCUCAGGUGUCCUGGUUCAAAGACAACAGACUUCUCUCUCCUGCAGCUCGUGAGACUGUGCUGCCCAGUGGAGACCUCUUUAUCCAUAGGGUCCAGGAGUUCGACAGUGGGAGCUACUUCUGCAGGGCCUCCAACAUCCACCUUCAAAGAUUUCUCACCUCCAGAAGAGCGACCCUGACUGUGCUGGCCCCUCCAUCAGUGAAACUGAGGCCCCAGGUGUUGAAGGUGCCUGUGGGUACUAGGGUGGUGUUGGAGUGUCAGGUGUCUGGUCACCCUCUACCCUCCAUCAGCUGGUUGAAGAGAGGACACUCCAAGCAGACUGGAGGCAAGAUUGCUUUGGGAUCGAGGAAUGCCACUCUCUACAUCCAGUCAGCCCAGAGCUACGAUGAGGGAGUGUAUGUGUGCGAGGCCUCCAACACUUUGGGCCACAGCCGCAACACAGCGAUGCUGAGAGUUGCUGUGAGUCCCAUCAUAGUGACCUUUAUAGGUCAGGUGAGCUGCAGGAUUGGGGCUUCAGUGGUCCUGCCCUGCAGAGCUGUAGGGAUUCUGCCCAUCACAUAUACCUGGACCAGGGGCAGAGCAAAGAGACAGACCCCCAUCAGUCCCAGUGAGGACAGAUACAUUGAUGGUAAGUCCAAAGUGUCAUUGGAGCCAUUCUGCCUCUCAGUAGAAGCUGUUUUCAUCAGCUAAUGUGAACUUUAAUCUACGGAUACCUAAACUGGAUGUGAUUUACGAGUUGGUAUUUUAUGUGUAGAAGAUG